AUAGGUUUUUUAAUUACAGGUAAAAAAAAAAAAAAAGUGAAUUGCAUUAUUGAUUAUUAUUGAAUAAACAUUUCAAAUAAUAGCAUUGUAAUCGAUAAAAAGCAGGAACUCAACGUCUUAAAAACAGUUAAUGGUUUUACGAUUCUGAAACAAGAAAGUUCAAUUACGUUCAUUAUAGAGAGUAAGAUCAAUCAGCCUGUAUUUGUACCUAGAUUCAAUACGAUUUUAUCAAUCUUGGCGUUCUUUUGACAGCACAACAGCUUUCAAAUUGAUAAAAUGAAUUGUAAAACUUGGAACAUUUUUGUACUUAUUUUCUACAACUAUCUAAAAGAAGGUGGAACGGACACCUGGAAAAUUGUCCCUCGUUUGACGAACAAAGGUGUAAAUGAAGUCAUCAUAGCUACGUCGACAAAUCCUACCGUGACGUCAUGUGCCGUCAAAUGUCAUCAAUUGCAGAUGUGCAAACUAUUCCGUUACCACAAGAUCACAUCUACGUGUGACCUUUACAAGACUGUAAAUCUCAAGGUCAAUGGAUUAGCACCAGGAUCCGUCUUCUUCCAGUUGAUGCCGUAUAAUUGUGUUGCCGGAUUGGAUGAAUGGUUUCCUGAAAUUCUACAGUGUAUCUGGAUCCACCCCUCGAGUCUCAGCUAUGCUGAUGCCAACGCCACUUGUUACGCCCAUUCCAAGAGCCUGAUUAGCAUGGAGACCGACACGAAAUACCAGUUUGUGAAAAAGUUGAUGAGUAUGAUGGGAUAUUUUUGGAUACACUGUUUUGCCAGAAGAGUAGGAACCAAUCGUUACGAAUGGGAAUCCGGUUCCUCUAUUUCUAACAACUGGUGUCCAAGUCAGCCGGACCGGGACUUUCCAUGUGUAGGGAUAGACAUUAAGUUGGACUCCUGGUGCCCUGAUGGUGGACUGGAUGACAUUUUGUGCUCAGACGAGAGACAUUUCUUCUGUACAUAAGCUGACCGUUGAUGUGCAGCGGGGGGUGGGGGGGUGGGGUAAAAAUGGAGAGAAAAAAAGAUAAAUAUGUAACCAAAAACAAAAGAAAAAUCCAAAACAAGAACACAACAAAUAAAAAAAUAAACAAAUAACAUUCGUGUUCGGCACUUCAUCUACUGAAGUGACAUAAUAUAACAAAAACAUUUUCCACGCAUAUGCUUGAUUAAUUAACCAGUCUGAAGGAUUAUAUUCAUCUUUGUAGUAUACAUAAACUGUUCCAUCUCUUAAAAGCCUGUUCCUUCAUACCCCCUAGUAAUGACAAUGAUCCCCCUCAAUGAGAGUGAAAAAUUCUCGACGGGACGUAAAACAAACAAUCCCACACGAGAUUUCAGUGUAGUACUUACCAGCGAUAUAUUCAUCCAUUUAAAAAAAAAUAAUAGGUAGACCAGAGUUCACCCAUAGGACACGAGUGCAGAAGAGUGGGUGGUUUCCUUGUCGAAUUUUAUUGUUUUUCUUUUUUCCCCAAUUUUCCUUUCUUUUUUGAUUGUCAGAUACCAGGAACUACAUUAAGUCACACAGCUGGGUUUCGAAAUAUUCCAAAGUAUCUCAAAACUGCCAUGAUACCUUGAAUAAACCACAUAUAAUGGAAAUCCUUAAUCUCUGUACAGAUAUUUUCCCUUUUAUCUUUACAAAAAAUCAUAACAGAUGAUACCAGUCUGAAUCCAAACAUCUUGAUCCCCACAAUCAACAUUAUUUUUAUCUCCACAAUUAACAUCAUUUUUAUCCCCAAAAUCAACAUUAUUUUUGUCUCCACAAUCAACAUUAUUUUUAUCUUCAAAAUCAAUAUUGUUUUUUUUUUUAUCUCCACAAUCCACAUUAUUUUCUAUUUCCACAAUCAAUAUAAAUUUAUAUUAAUGAAUUGUUUUAAAUAAAGUUCGUUGAAGUAUGACAUUUAUGUAUACUUUAUCCCAUUUUGAGCCCCUUAUGUUUUGUCACCUCAAUGCAGUGUGUUUCUCGUCGGGGGCCCCCGGUGAUCCUUGUGAUUUUUCUGCUAGCCAAUCAUUGACCAGUAUUUUCAUUAUCUUUUGAUUUUUUGUCCAGAGUGGCUGCUGUUAUUAUUUUAUUUUAUUUUUUUUUUUUAACUCUACCCCAGCUGGUUUUUUUUUUUUUUUUAGUUAAUAUCAUGUAUUUAUGUUUGGCAGAAUUUUUGGCCACCUUUUUUGCGUCGGUUUUAUAAUCUAGUACUGGGAGGCACACUUUCCUUUCAUGUUUGUGAUGAUUAUGUAAUAUGUUUGCAAUAAGACCAGUUUGGCCCAGAUGGUUAUUGUAUAAUAUGUAUUGUAAUUGGCCUCCCAGUUUUUUAUACUACACUCUUAAAUCGUCAUUUUUUUCAUUAAAUGACAAUUUUAGUUAACAUAAAACUUGUACUCUGUUUGAGCAAAAAACAAGCCUCAUCGAGGGCAGCAUGCUUAUAACAAGCAUUUCGAGAAGUUUUACUUAAAAAUAAUUUUUAUCCCCAAU